GGCUCAGCAAAAGUUUUAAAAAAAUCGAUUAGUAUUCGAUCACCACUUCAACCGUCAAGACAAAAAUGUCAGAUCCACCAUUUUAUAAACUCAAAUUAUACCUCAGACCAACUACAGCUUUACCACUCCCUUCAUUCGCACCACUCGCACUAGCUUGCCAUUUAUUAGAUUCACAUCCUAAUUUAAACUUAAGCAUCGAUUAUGAAGAUGGUUUAACAGGUUCUGGAAAAGAUAAAAGUUGUGUAGUGAUCGGAAGUGAUGAAAAGAUCGUAUCAACCGAUUCUCUUGAAAGCUUAAAAUUCUUAGCCAUCAAUUUUUCAAAGCUUGAACCAAUCUAUGGAACCAACGAAUCAGAAAAAUCUCAAAUAGAUAGCGUGAUUGAUUUAUUCUCAAAGUUAUUCGAACCAUCGGCAUCUAAAGAUAUCACGGCUAUUGGAGCGGUGGCUGAUCGAAUCGAUCAAUACUUGACCCUUCGUACUUUUCUUCAUGGCCAUCGGAUUUCUAUUGCGGAUCUCGCUCUAUGGGGACUCAUCAAGUCUUCUAGUACCUUCUCUGCUGUGCUAAGAAGAUCUCAACAUGUUCAUCUAGCCAGAUGGUAUGCUUUCAUCGACGGUUUAGAUUAUACUCUCAAAGCUGUUGGCAACUUACAAGAAGAAAUCAAACAUGCGGCUAAAGGUAGGGCUAAAGCUGGUGUAGCAUCCGUCAACUUUGAUGAAGGACUUCCAGGAGCAGUUAAGGGUCAAGUGGUAACCAGGUUUCCACCUGAACCCAGUGGUUAUUUACACAUCGGUCAUUGUAAGGCCGCAAUCCUGAACCAGCAUUAUGCCAAGAUAUACGACGGUAAAUUUAUUGUACGGUUUGACGACACAAAUCCUAGUAAAGAGAAGGAAGAAUUUCAAGACGCGAUUUUGGAAGACUUGGAAUUAUUGGGUAUCAAGGGAGACUCGAUGUCCUACACAUCCGAUUAUUUUGAGCAAUUGUACGGAUUUGCGAUUGAGAUGAUCAAAAAAGGUGCAGCGUUCUGCGAUGAUACCGAACAAGAAGCGAUGAAGGCAGAGCGUAUGGCUCGAGAGCCUUCUAAGCGUCGAGAUUCAUCUGUUGAGGAAAACCUGGCUAGAUUCGAGGAAAUGAAGAAGGCGACUCCGGAAGGCGUUCGUUGGUGUCUGCGAGCCAAAAUCAGCUAUGAUAACGUGAAUGGAACUCUUAGAGAUCCUGUCAUUUACCGAUGCAAUCUCCUCCCUCACCACAGGACCGGCGAACAGUGGAAAAUCUACCCCACUUACGACUUUGCUUGCCCAAUAGUUGAUUCAAUCGAAGGUGUUAGCCAUGCCUUACGAACCAACGAGUACCGUGACCGUAAUCCACAAUAUUGGUGGAUGCAAAAAGCUCUUGGACUACGGAAGGUGCAGAUCAAAGAUUUUGCGCGAGUUAACUUUGUAUACACCUUGUUGUCCAAGCGCAAACUCAAAUGGUUCGUUGAAACCAAUCGAGUCCGUGGCUGGGAUGACCCACGAUUCGCGACUGUGAGAGGAAUUCGAAGAAGAGGAAUGACUAUUCAGGCCAUGCGAGACUUUAUGAUUGGUCAAGGGGAUUCACAGCAGCAAGUCAACAUGGAGUGGGAUAUCGUUUGGAGUAUCAACAAGCGUAUCAUCGUUAAGGUAGUCAUUUUAGGUGGAAAGGACCAGUUUCACACUGAGACUCUACCAGCGCACAAAAAAAAUCCGGACGUUGGUACCAAGAUUACUACAUUCGGCCCUGUGAUCUACCUCGAACAGGAGGACGCGCUGAGCUUUGAAGACAACGAAGAAAUUACUCUGAUGGAUUGGGGAAAUGCCAUCGUUGGUACCAAGGUUACUGGAGAGAAUGGUGUGAUCACAGAAAUCCAACUGACCUUGCAUCUAGAAGGGGACUUCAAGAAGACCAAGAAAAAAGUACAUUGGUUAGCGGCUGUUGAUCAGACCACUCCGAUCGCUAAAGAUGUUGGACAAGGUCUUCAACCGGUUGUACUUUUAGAUUACGAUUACCUGAUCACUAAAAGGAAGAUUGAUGAUGACGAUGAGAUUGAUGACUUCAUUACUCCUGUGAGUGAAUUCAGAGAAGAUGCGAUCGCGGACGGUAACAUGAGGAAUUUGAAGAAGGGAGAUAUACUUCAAUUCGAACGUAAAGGUUAUUACAUCGUUGAUAAGGCACUUGGUGAACAUACUACGUUGGCUAAUGGCAGUGGUAAAGAUUGGGUAGAGUUAAUCCGGAUCCCUGAUGGCCGUGCAGCUGGUCUAGCAAGUAAAGCUACGCCUGCAGCACCCGUCGCCGGAAAGUCUAAGAAGGCUAGUGAGAAGGAUGGUCAAGCUGGGAAAUCCACAAGCCAAAUGUAUAAGGUCGACCCCUUCUAUACGAACGAAAGCUUGGUAACUGCGACGACGACAAAGAUGUAUUCAGUACCCAAUAUAUACCAAUGAAGUGAAUACAAAAGUCUGAUAAUGCUCAUUUACAAAUUAUGAGCAUACAUGAAAGUUUGACGU